GUCGAAGGUCGUUUGCUACGCACAACUUUGAAAUAGUUGAAUUAGAUUAAGCAAGAUUUUUUAAUGCGUUAUCUGGAGCUUUCGUAUCGGUUUUUAGUGGGAAGCAGGAUAGUUAUUCCUCUCUCUCAUGGACACCUGGUUCCACAGUAAUAUUUUCCUCAGAAAUGUUCGUAACUAUCAUAAAGUAAACACUUCAGCUGGAACAUUUCAGUGGUGCAAGAGACUUAUCACGUGACUGUCUGUCGUGUAUAUAAGUGGCUAAAAAGUAUUUUAAGUUUAACUGUAUUCAGUGAGUAAAUAAGUUCAAGGUAUUUACUGACUUUUUCUCGGUAAUAUAAGUUUUUGUUCUUCUGGGAGGAAAAAUAACCAUAGAUGGCUCUGUUGGAAUAUUUUGUUGGGCUGCUGGUGUUAGGGACAACGCUAGGAGCUACAUAUCGAGAUUCCAACAAUUAUCUAGACACAGUGUUGAACAUAAACCUACAAAAUGAAAUUCGAAAUCUUCGUAUGGAUCCAAUCUCCCUUGCAAAUUUCACCACCGAAAUUAAAGAUAAGGUGACUGUUAUAACGGUAAAAGUCACUUCUAAGUAUUACGAUGGCGAAAUGACCGGAUUGUCUCAAGUACAACGAUGGGGUAACUGCUCACAACCCAGGUACUCUUACGGAAAUAUUACAAUCAAUUGUACCUUGGCUUUUAAUGACCUUAAGGUGGAAUAUUACUCCAGUAUGAAAUAUGGAGUGAUACCCAGCGUUCGAGUGAAGGGAAAAACUAACAUUACUUCUGUUAGAGCUUUUGUAGAAUUCCACGCAAAUUUGACAGCAAACUACCCUGUUCUCAAAGCUUUCAGAAUUAUCAGUGGUCCGAUUAAAAUGGAAACGAUUUUCAGUGGGCUGGGUCCUCUUAAUAGUUUUCUUUCCAAGCUUAGCCAAAGUUAUGCUGCCGAGGUGAGCAACAUUGUCACAAAUGUUAUCUUUAGCAACUUUGCCUACGUUCUCGAAAGAAGUGCUGUUAAAACUCCACUUCCCAAGCCGUAAAUAGUUUUUAAAUCGGCGGCUGUUAAUAAAAAACGGAAGUUUAAAAUAUCUUCAGAGUGCAUUCGAUUUGUGUGUUAUAAAACCCAAUUUUCGUACCUUAACACUGGUUCUAACAGACCUGUUUUGCAAACAGACAUAUAAAGUGAGAUGUAAAAGUGAAAUAUAUUACGAGAAAAAGAAUAAAAUAAUUUCUUAUAUUAU